AUGGUGCAGGAGGAAGGAGCGACGAAGGGGCCGUAUUCAGCAGAUGUUCCAGCCACACACAUCCUACAAAGGCUUUCUGAUGCCCUUUCUUCCUUUACUGUACCUGAUCAGAAUGUUCUAGAAAGGACUUCAAAAGGGUUUUCGAAGUCUCCAGUACAGGAAAUUGAUGAAUAUUUCGAGCUUGUUGCUAAACUCGGUCGACCACUUUUUAAGUGGGAUAUAAUUCGAUGUGCUUUCCUUUGGAAACUUGAGGCACUUUUUUCUAUACAUUCAACUCAUUUGCAGUCUCUGACAAUUCAAUUAUAUCAAACGAUGUCAGAAAUGCUGUGUAUCGAGACAGAAAAUGCAGUUACGGAAAAUGAAAAAAAAACGCUCGUAUCAGAUGAUGAUUUGUAUCAACAACGUCAAUUCAUUUUGCGAAAAGCUGCGGAAUUUGAUGGAACACCUUUUACUUUCCAGAGGCUAUGUGAGCUUCUGAUUAGUCCUUCUCGACACUACAAACGAACAGACAAAUAUCUUCGGGCUUUGGAAAAGAAUAUCAACGUGGUGACGACAAUUACAGAGAGUGGAGAACGUAUAACAGGCGUAGAGCCAUUUCCAGGAGAACUAGAUAUUAAUUCUACGGCUCGCAUUGAGGAGCCAUUUUUCGUCCAGGUGGAUGAAUGUGAUGCUCCAGUAGAAACGAAAGUGAUUGCAGCUGGAGACCAUGUUAGCAGAGAAAACAAAUCCCCAGAAAUAGUUGCAAAAGAACUAGCAAUUGGCGAUUGUGCUCCAAUCAAUUUAUCUUCAUCGCGUGAUGCUAAGGACGAGCUGCCUGAGAUUAAGCAAGAAAACUUGGAACAUGAAACAGAACGUAAUAGUUUAUUGAAUGAACCGCUGAGAAAACCAGAGACGCACAAUGUCAAACAAGAAGAGAUGAAAGUCGUCAAUUAG